AUGGACACCAAACAUGCUAUAAUUGGGGCUCCUGCUUCCAAGAAAAUUCGAAUGACUAUGGCAUGUGAACGAUGCAGAUCCAAAAAAGUGAAAUGUGAUUUUGUUCAUCCUUAUUGUUCAAGAUGUCAACAGGCAAAAGCCCAAUGUUCUUAUGAUGGAAGUGCUACACAAAUAGAUUUAUUCAACCUAGUUAAACUAAAUGAAACUGUAGCUAUUUUACAAAAAAGAGUUGAAUCAAUAGAGUCAGAUAUAAAAUAUGCAUGUAAUAAUACACAAUAUAUUGCGAGUGAAGCUCGAAUAAACCGUACUACUAUAAAUGUAAAUCAUAAUAAUGAUAAAUCUAUCAAACCUCAAAGGAACAGCCAGGAAAAUGAUGAAGAUUUAUUAAUGACAACCAAUGAUGUUUCUUCUGUAAGAUCAAUUUUAAACAAUGAUAAUAAUAGAAUGGCACAGAAAAAUGAUUUUGACAAUUUUAUGUCAGUAUUAAAUACCCAAUGGUCUUUAUCAGUUACACCAAAAGGUCUUCGUAUUGAUACUAAUAUUGCUUCUUUACAUGAUCUUUAUGAUGUUCUAUUAUCGGGAGUUUCUCAGUUUGAUUUAUCUAAUAAUACGAAAAAUGGUGUAGAUAUAUUGCAUGAUAAUUUAUCCCAAUCAUCAAGUACAGCAGAGAGCCCGCAACUUGAGAGGACAGCAGCAACAAUUUUAAGGAAAAAGCCACUUUGGAAAAGUAGACUCAAGACUUUUCCUCUUUACAGUAGUUGGGAACCGCCCCAUAUGGAUUAUACCCACUUCUUACCAAGAAGAAUGAAUAUAUAUCAUGAAAUAAAUAAUAAGAUAGAUGAUCCAUCUACUAUAUCUGAUAUAUUUCCAAGGGAAACACUUGAACAUUUAAUAACUAUCUUUUCUGAUUGUUUCUUGUGUUUUCGUUAUCCUGAUCCAGCAAAUUCAGUUUUAAUGCGAUUUAAGAGGGGGACAUUAGAUUCAUUAUUAGCAAACUCUGUCUUUGCUUGGACAGCAAGACAUGCUGCCGUCUAUCACAACUUCUUUCCAGGUCAAGACCCUAAUCAAGUAGGUGAACCCUUUUUCUUGAAAGCAAAAACUCUUAUAAAAGAUCGUUUCAUGAAAACAAGCAUAGAUACUAUGUAUAGCUUAUUAAUCAUGUACAUCUAUGCGAUUGGCAUACCAAGCCAUCUUAAAGAAGAAAUGGAAUCUGAGGCUUACAUGUAUUUGGGUUUAGCCAUCCGUAUGUGUCUAGAUUUAAAAAUGAAUUUAGAAUCAACAAGUACAAAUCCAAUUGAAAAGGAGAUAAACCGAAGAUUCUUCUGGGUAUUAUAUUUCUUAGAGACACUGGCUUCAGUUCAUUCUGAUAAAGCAUUCUCUUUACCCCCAAGGUCCAUGAUUACUGUCCAGUUUCCUACAUUAAUGGAACAUGAAUUAGUAUCUAGUUCACAUAGAUAUCGGAUAGAAUUCAUAAUUGAAAGAUUCAAAAUUACAAGUAUUUAUCGUAAUAUCAUCCAUAAGACAGCAGAUGAAAGGCUUUUACUUUCACAAAUUUCAGCUAUUGAUCAAGAAUUAAAGACUUGGUAUGAUCAGCUCCCAACUUAUUUUAAAUACAAACCAGGUGAUAUUCAUAAAAGGGUAUGGGAUUCUCAAUCUUUUAGAGAGCAAGCCUGUAUAAAAUUAAACUUUGAGUAUAAUUAUCAAUUAUGUCAGCUUUAUGGUAUCUUUGUUUCAAAUUCUGGAGUACAACAACAACAGCCAUCCACUAUUGAAAUUUUAUCGAAAAACAUUUGCUUGAAAGCCGCAAGUAAUACAGUUGAGCUAUUGGAGUGUUGGGUUCAACUAAAACAACUCUGGUGUCAUUUCUCAUUAGAAAAUCUGAUGAUGGCAACUAUGAUUUAUGGGAAUAUAUUACCACAACCUAAUAAUAAUGAGGAACAAGAAGUGACAAAGAAAAAGUUGAAAAGAAUAGCAAAGAUUUUAUUAUCUUCACCCAUACGACAUCAUAAAUAUGCAUUGGCACUUGUUAAACGAAUUGAUACUUUAUUGAGAGAAACUACCAGCGAAGGUUUAUUCAUAGAUGAUGAACUCGCUUCUAUUAUUACAGGUAUAAGACAACCUCCAUUAUCAUCAUCAUCAUCAUCUUCGCAAAAGAAUCCUCUACCACCUACACCAUCACCUGUCGUUUUUGCCACAGACACACCUGAAGCUUCGACUAUACCUUCUUCUACAAGACAAAAUCAUCGUCCAUCUGUAUCAAACAACUUGCAAUCAAUUCCAUUAUUAAUAAAUCAGGUCCCUCAAAGAAAUUCUAUUAAUAAUGUUCUAGACGUUGCACCUGCUUCAUCUACAUUUGACAUACAUAAGACAAGUGCAAUUUCAGAAGAAAUGCAGUUCACUAAUUUUGUUGUUGAUGCCUCUACACUUUUGAAUUAUGAUACAACAGCAGUUAAUAAUAAUAAUACAGGCAUAUUACCAAAUGUAGUAGUAGCAGUCAGAGGAGAAUAUGCAAAUGAUAAAAAGCAAGAGUAUACAUCAGAUCUAUAUUUACAACAACAACAACAACAACAGCAGCAGCAGCAGCAGCAUACAUAUGAUUAUGGAUAUGCUAAGAACAGCAGCAGUAGCAGUAAUAAUGAUGGUGUUAACAAUAAUAAUGUAAUGUCAGUAAACACAUCUACAACAGCAGUAGCAACUCAGCCUGUUUUAUUAAAUCAAUCAACUAAUGACACAACACAAUAUAUUCGAAUUUUAACUGAUUUUAAUGAAGAGCAAUCACAAUCUUAUCACUCUACUCUACCUCUGCCUCCAUUGUCACCAAUUGUGCCUUCAUCACCACUCACUCCUACAGCAAAUGCUAUAAAUCACUAUUAUUCUACUAGUGCAAAUAAUUAUAGUGAUCCUUAUAAUUAA